UUUUAAUGUCAAAGGUUAGGUACGAAUAAUGAUAAAAAAUAAAUAAAUAUUGUGUUUUAAAUUAUGCUGUUGUGUUUCACAACACUGCGCCGCCAACUAAGAAGCUUUCACGCGACGAAAAUGGCCAAAAGUAAAUUCGAAUACGUGAAAUCCUUCGAAUCCGAUGAAAAACUCUUGCCCAACAGCUGGAUAGUGGUUCGAAUAGAUGGUAAAGGCUUCCACAAAUUCUCUGCCAAACACGACUUCGCAAAACCUAACGAUCCUAGAGCCCUCUGGUUGAUGAACAGAGCCGCUACCGUCGUCAUGCAAGAAUACAAAGACAUUUUAUUGGGUUACGGUCAAAGCGACGAGUAUUCCUUCGUAUUAAAGAAAGACACAACUUUAUACAAUCGAAGAACUUCUAAAAUAGUGACAUAUCUGAACAGUUUAUUCUCUUCCUCGUACGUGUUCUUCUGGAAGGAGUACUUCAAAGACGUUAAACUGAAGUAUCCACCGUCGUUCGACUCUAGAGUCGUUCUGUACCCCUCCGAUGAAAACCUACGGGAUUACCUCAGUUGGAGACAAGCCGACUGCCACAUAAACAACUUGUACAACACCACGUUUUGGUCGUUGGUUCUUAAAGGAGGUUUGACGAAUUCCGAAGCAGAACAGAGACUAUGCGGAACGUUUUCGAGCGAUAAAAAUGAAAUCCUCUUCAGCGAAUUUAACACGAAUUACAAUAACGAACCGGUGAUGUACAGAAAAGGAACGAUAUUAGUGCGAAAAGGUGUUAAACAUCCGGUGCACGGUAAAACGAGGCAGGUGGUUUUACCGUUACACGAAGACAUGAUUCAGAACGAUUUUUGGAAGAGGAACGACGAGAUUUUAAGCAUGAAAAGUAGCAAAAUGUACGAGUGGCCGGGGGAAAUCACUUUGCCGGAGUUAGUAGUGUCGCAGUUGCAUUUGAAACAAGACGUUAAAGGUGACGACGAUGCAUCUGACAAGGAACAGGCGGCAAGAUGACGAUGUUUUAAAUAAAUUGUGUGUUAUGUUAUUCGUUGGAUUAUGUUAAUUUUUAUAUACCCUGAAGCCGAAAUUCUGAUCUGAUUUCAUAAUAAAUAGUAAA